CUUGCCGUGUCUGAAGAGAGACGCAUUAUAGAAAAUUACAACUACAGUUGGCACAAAAAUGAAAAAAAAAAAAGAUUUUAUCAGUCUCGAGUUUUGUUUUAUGUUCAACCACGAGCGGGGAUUUUCCCUCUGAUAAUUUCUUUUAACAUUUUUUUUAUUGAUAUCAAAGAGCUAAAUUGUUUCCGGCUCGGCGACGGACUUCAUUUGGAAUCAAAGCAGAAUCGUGAAAGGCGCCCGAGAAGGUUUGUUCCUUUCUUUGUUUUUUCUUUCGACUUUAUUAGCUUCGGCGUGCCUAAAUAAAGUCGACAUGAACGACACAAAAAAACAAUGCAUAUUCACGUGGCUCAUAGAAAAUUACAGCCACUGUUGGCACAAAAAUGGAGAGGCAUUGGUUAGUCCCGAGUUUACUGCCGAAUGGUUGGAGGGCUCCAUUUGGACUAUACAAUUGUAUCCAAGAGGAAAUAAAGAUAAGGACCAAGGUAUUAUUUCUAUUUUUCUAAAUAGGAAAGAAGAUGAUAACGGCCCGAAAGACUUUUCACUGAAUUUUGAACUGUUAAUUGUUGCAGCAGAUGAUUCAUUUGUAUCUUUGAAAGGAAAUAAUCGUACAUUCAAGAGGGGAAAUGGAUUUGGAAAUGCACAUAUCAUACAGAGGGAUGAAGUGCUUCUACUUAGAAACCCUGAAUAUUUACCUAAUGACACUCUAACUGUGAGAUGUAAGAUUUGGAAGGAAGAAGUGAAAAUUAAUGAGAAAGUUACACUGAUAUCCGCGAGAACUAGAAUCGGCAUCGAACACGUUUCAUUUCUUCAUGUAGUUGGAGGCUUCAGUGCGCUCACCCCCAAUCAGAGGAGGACUGUCCAGAUUAGAUCCCCUACGAAAGAGAAUUGUGCCAUUUCAAGUAGUGUGCAUUUUAUUGAUGAUUCAUGUGGCGAAGGGAAAAUAAUAGUGGCAAUUAAUUCAUCUGGUACAGUUCAAAUCCUUUCAAAAUGCAAAGUUUCUUUGCUAGACGUAUUUGGAAAAUAUAUUCAAGGCUUUGCCGUCGAUCAUCAAUUUUAUAAUAAGAGAAGGGACAUUAAAAAUAUGCCUCUGUCUCUUACGAGAAAAGCAAUUUUACACAGAAAAAUUGAAUAUUUGCCAAAUGAUACACUGUCUUUAUUAUGCGAGUGCGUGUUUUCUUGUGGGACUGAAUAUAAGAACAUUGAAAGAAGUUCAUAUGAAAUACCUUCGAUGACCUUAAACCAGAUCAAUGCAAAUUAUCAGCAUAAUGAGAGAGGAAACAUUUCAGAUACAUUAUCCGUAUUUUCAAGCGCUCUGGAUGACUUUCAAACAUUUUAUAACUCUCAACUGCUUACGGACGUGGUGCUCAAAACAAAAACAAAGUCAUUCCCUGCCCACAAGCUUGUGCUCUGUGCUAGAUCCCCCGUUUUCAAAGCUAUACUAACCAAUGACAUGAAAGAGAAAACCACCAACUGCAUCGAAGUAGAUGAUUUAGAAAACGAUACUGUUGAUCAACUUUUGAUGUUUUUGUAUUCCGAUCAAAUUAAAAACCUUCAGUGGGAAUCUGUCACUAAACUCUACUAUGCAGCAGAUAAAUAUGAAGUUGAAAAAUUAAAAAUAAUCUGCGCUGUCUUAUUAGAAGAAAAACUCAGCAUACACACCGCUAGUGCACUUCUACUUUUAGCAGAUGCGCAUAAUGAUGCUGAUCUGAAAAAAGCUGUGGAAGAUUUCAUCUUGGAUCACGACGAGCUAGUAUUCGGUUCAGAAGAAUGGGAAGAUUUAAUGAAAACAAAUCCUUUGUUAGUUAGCGAGACAAUGCGUCUUAAGUAUAAAAGACAAAUAUAGAUCCUGGAUUAGCCAAAAUUGUGAUCCACCACUGAAAUGAAAUAAGGGAGAGAAAUGUUCAAGGAGAUUAGUGAUAAAACUGCUAUAAGAAAUCAAAUUCCAAAAAAUUUUUGAAUAAAGUUUUACUAUUAAUAUCUAUUUGUUAUUAGCAUUUGCAAACAUAUUAUGUAUGAAUUAAAAAUAUGGAUAUUGUUAUUCGUGUUUUUUCCAAUUGCAUUUGAUGAAAAAAUUUUGCUUUCAAGUAGAUAAAUAUUUAAAAACUUUUAAAUGCCUCUUCUUUCCUUUACAUUUAUAUCAUUACGUUAAGUGUGACAUAUUAAACUUUAAUUAUUAAAAUACUUUAGAACAUUCCAUAAAUAUUUAGUUAGAAACAAGAGAUUUUAAAUUUUUACUAUGCAGACAGUACAUUUCCUUCGUUAUUUACUUUUUUUCAUUGUUAAUUUAAGAUAUUUUGAUAAAGUAUUUAUCUGUAAUUUUUUUAACAAUCUAUAGGUACGUUUCUUAUCAGAAACCAAAUUUUUAAGAAGUAAUAGCUCAUCUUUAUCAGGUAAUUGCAAUUUAUAAAACGGUUUUAAUUCUUAUUAAUAAAUAAUUGUGGAAAUAAAACAAUAUUCGUUAUUUGAUGCUUAUAAAAAUAUCUAUAAAUUUUAAUUCUGAAAAUUUUUAAGUGAUAAAAGGAUAUAAUGUGUUUUUAUCAUUAUUUGUAAAUGUUUUUAAAAUCAACCAUGGUGUGUAAAUAUAUUAACACUUUCGACCUAACUUUUGUAUAAUUAAAAUUUUGAAUCCCAUGUAGAAAUGGCUCUUUUUACGAUAACCUAUGUUAACGUAGGAUUUACUUACCCUAAAAGGAAUUGCGUCUAAUCUCUAGGGACCGAAUCUGAUUAGUACUGAAAGGGUUAAUAAUCCGCAAUAUCUUUUUUCUCCAAAUUUGAUAUUUAAAUAUUAUGAAAGAGAUUGAAAAAUUCCAUUAUAUCAUCUUUCCCAGUUCGUGGUUACAUUUUGAUGUAGUUAAUAUAUCAUAAUAUGCAUAUUGUCUAACAUUUUUAUUUUAUUUUAGUUGUUUCAUACCUGUAACGGUGGAUGUUGGUAAUCGAUUUUUCUUUGAUUUCCUUUUUGUGAGACGUUUGAAAUUUUAUACUCUUGUGUAUUCUGGAUGACAAUACACUAUUCUAAUAUUUUCAAAACUCAUUUAUCAGUUCUGAAUUAUAACAAUAUGUAUUAUUUACCUUAUGUACCCUUUUUGUGGAAGAUAACUGUGAUCCUUUUGUGAAUUUCGCACGUUUAUACUUUUAAUUAUUGUUUAUAUUAUGCAUUGUUUUGUUUCUAGCA